AUGUUUCUAAGCAUUCCUCUGUUGGGCGAUAUCGUGAAAGGACGCGGCAGAGGUGCACACAGGCAGCCGCUUGAGGAUCACGUUGAUCGUUUGCAUUAUCAUAUGACAGUCUAUAUCCUUUGCCUCUUCGCUCUACUUGUUGGCACAAAGCAGCAUUUUGGGAAUCCGAUCGAUUGCUUCAUCUCAGCGGAAACAGAUAAGGUUCGAACAUGGCAAGCAUACAUUCUUGACUAUUGUUUCAUGCAAGGCACUUAUCGCUACGAACUUGGAUACAAUGGAACUCCGAAUCCUGGAUACGCAAUGACACCCAAGCUGAACGGUCGUGAUCCACAGAACACUAAAUAUAUUGCUGUCAAAUACUACCAGUGGGUGCCUUUCUACUUUGCAUUCCAAUUGCUCUGCUUCAUGAUACCGGAUUUCUUCUGGGUCUACGUCCAAUCCUUUUUGUACAUCGACAUGGGUAUGAUUGUAACUGAAAGCGCAGAGCUGAACAAGGAGAAACGUGCCAGUAAUCGUUCGUCGAAGCUCAGCAAUAUUUCGGAUUACAUCUUUAGUUACUUCUACUAUAGGAAGAUCGCGCGGCGUGGACUUGUGUCGUCAGUGUUCCGUCUGCCCGCGAUAGCUACAAUUUUCUACGGAUGCACGAAGCUCCUCUAUCUCCUGAAUUCGGUCAUUCAGCUAUAUCUCACUACAUACUUUCUUGGAUUUCCAGACAUGCAUUGGGGAGUUAGGAUAAUGCUUGCUUUUCUGUCAAAGAAGUCGUUUCCUCGCAUGAUUGGUGGAGUACGAGUGGCGGAUCACGGGGGUCUCUCGCAUUUUCCAUAUUUCCCUCUGGAAGUUGGAUGCAAUUACACUAAGAUGAGUGGUAUGGAGAAUAACAACAACGUUCACAUCAGCUCCAUCCAGUGCAUGAUCCCUCUCAACUAUAUAAAUGAAAAACUGUUUUUGAUCCUAUGGUUUUGGAUUGUGAUUCUGAUCAUGAUUACCAUGGUCAACAUCGUUUUGUUUCUUGGCUCCAUAAUGAACAAGGCUCAAAGGGAAGAUGCCAUUCUUUCACUUCUCAGGGAAAAAGGUGACGAGGUACUUAUGAAUGACAAACUCAACCUUGCACAGAAGUUUGUUCACGGAUUUAUGGGCGCUGAUGGUGUGCUGCUAACGCGUUUCAUAAAGGCGAGAGCAGGGUCGAUGGCAUGUCGUGACGUAGUGCAACGUGUUUGGCAGAGAUACGUGAAAGAACGUGGAGCUGCGAAAACGGCGGAAAGCGAUGACGAGUGGAGUGUUCCAUACAGCGAGACGUGCUAUUCGGGACUGCCCUUGCUUCAUUACCACGACAGUUCCCGCAAAACUUCACGUAUUCAAUAA